AUGGCAUCCACCACAAAGUAUCAGGCAGCGCCGACGCGCGACUCAUUCGAGGAGCAGAGCUACAGCCAGCCACCACCAUCUUACCAGGCAGAAGCCUCUGGCGUCCUUGGAGUUCCUAGAGACGAAGACGACAAUGUCCCAGAUGACUUUAAGUUCGGUGGCUCUGUCGCCGAAGCGACUCUCGACAUCCGCAUGCAAUUCGUCCGCAAGGUCUACUCGAUCCUGACCGUCCAGCUUCUCGCGACCGCCGCUCUCUCGUCCGUCUCAUUCUUCAGCCCCGGAUACAAGGCAUGGAUCCAGACCAACCAGUGGAUGAUGUGGGUCUCGCUCUUCGGUGCCAUUGGCUUCAUGCUCUUGACCUUCUGGAAGCGCAAGUCGUACCCUACCAAUCUUCUGUUCCUUGCUGGAUUCACCGCCAUGGAAGCAUACUCGAUCAGUGUCGUCACAUCCUUCUUCGAAAGCAAGAUUGUGCUUGAAGCACUCAUCUUCACUCUUGGUAUCUUUGUCGCACUCACCCUCUUCGCCUGCCAGACCAAGUACGACUUCACUAGCUGGAUCCCCUACCUUGGCGGAGCUCUAUGGGUUGUGAUCAUCUUUGGAUUCAUGGCAGCCUUCUUCCCUCACACCAGCACGAUCGAGUUGGGAUACGGCAUUGUCUGUGCCCUCAUCUUCAGUGGCUACAUCUUGGUGGACACGCAGCUGAUCAUGAAGCAUUACCAUGUCGAGGAGGAAAUUGCUGCUUCCAUCUCACUCUACCUUGAUAUUAUCAACCUGUUCCUGGCUAUUCUCAGGAUCCUGAACAGCCAGCAGAACAACUAG